UUAUAUCAAAGGGUACGGCCAGGGGCCCCGCAACAGGGGCGUGUCCUACGAAGCGACUACGGGUCUCCGGGUGGUUGCCAGGCCUCGUCACGGCGAUCAGUUCGUUCGUGGCAACAGGCCGAGCUAGCCGCCGUGUCACUGGCUUGUAGAGCAUGUCAGGCCUGCAAGAACCUAUGCGAAACUACGACUCUAGCAAACUGUGAGAUCAGGACCCGAGCGGUGCUCUGGCAGCUGCCAGUACAGCUGCCACCGAUCGAAGCCAUCCCAAGAGUCAACGAUGUCUUCGUGGCUUGUUUGGCCGCAGCGAGCCGCAUCAGGUCGAUGCCUAGUGACGGUCUAGUACACGUCUCCUCGCAACCACCAAGCCUAGCUGUGGUUGGCCCAGAGGCGUAACUCGACGACUCGCAUUCGGCCUUUCAGUAGAGUCCUUUUGCUGACCGAUCUGCGCGUCAUAGAGAGAGCAGGAGACCCCACCGGAUCCAACGAUUGACAAUGGACGUCGGACGCGGAAUUAACGGAAACGCCCCAGAUGGGGUCUCAGACCAAAACGGCAACCAGUAUUGCCCGGUGCCGCCCGUUGGACAUGACGAAAGCUCUCCUACAAAUCAGAAACAUCAACCAAACAUCUAUGGAGGGCAGUUGAUGGUGGCACCCGUGUGCAGUGACUACCCCUGUGGAGGUCCCUUGGGCGACUGUCAAACGAUCGCAUCUUUGGACCCUAACUCAUGGAUGAGUGCAGAGUGUUAUCCUUCGAGAGCUUACGACCUUCCACUAACCCAAGCACCUAUGACCAAUCUAUCCCUGAAUCAGAUCAACCCGACUGGGCCCCUUCCCAGUCAUUCCCAUCACCAAGAGCUAGAGGAGCCCGCGGCCGUAUGCGUUAAGGCCGAGAGGACCUACACUCCUGAUAGCAGUCGGACUCACCAGCACCCACCUCCCACAUCUGCGUACGAAGACUUGUUUCCCGAAGAUCCAACGAAAUAUCGCAGUCUUCGCCCGCAUUCGACUCCUGCUACACUUCUUUGGCUUGACGAGAACUACGAGAUGGCUGAAGGUGUUUGCAUACCACGCAAUGCUCUUUAUCUCCAUUAUGUCGAUUUUUGUGCCAAGAACGCCAUGCAACCCGUUAACGCCGCGAGCUUUGGAAAGAUAAUUCGUCAACAGUUUCCUGCACUCACCACACGCCGCCUUGGCACUCGGGGUCAAUCAAGAUAUCACUACUACGGAAUUGCGAUACGUGAACACUCUCCAUACUUUGAGCCUACGUAUUCGAAGAAAUCAGGCGAAACGCCUGAUAUGGGCAGUAAACGACAGUCUCAUUCCAAUGCAGUUGUUACAUCAACAUUAAUUGACAAUGGCAACUUAAAAACUGAGCAUCCGUUGAAUUAUCCGCCGCCAGGUGGCAGAGGGAUUUCAGCCAGUUCGCUAGGACUAGGUAAUCCUUCCCAACGAGUAAAGCUUACCGCGGUGCUUCCCGAAUUCCCGACGCUCCGGGCGCUUAAUGUUACAUCUGCGGUCGAUCGAGAACAGGUAUCAAGCUUUUUAACAAUGUAUCGAACGCACAGUCAGCGUAUCCUGGAUACUAUACUUGCCAUGAAUCUGGAUCAGGUCCGCGUUCAUUUGCAGCAUUUUUGGUUCGGGAUACCUCAGCAUGUAGCAUCGGGCCUGGGCUGCCCAGUUCUCGUGAACCUCGUGGCACUUUGCGACUUCGCGCUCUAUAAAACAGUGCAAGGACUUCUUCUGCCUAGUCUCAUACAACCAUUACCCGAAAGCUUUAUCAGAAUGGUUGACAUCUUCACUCACGAUUACGAAAGCUGGUUGGAACGAGCUCUAAUAGGGUUUCCUAAGGCAUUACAGCACGUUAAGAUUGAAGUGGGGAAGCGCUUCAUCUACCAGCUUCGACGUCGACUUUCGGUGAACCAACUAUCCCAAGCAGCUAAAAUGCUUUUACUUAAUCGGCAGCUAGUUGAUCAGAUGGUUCAAGACUGGAGAGAAUGGAGGGGUGCCUAUUGUGCCGCUUCUCCAAUCGGCGGGGCUGGUAGAAGCGGGGCUUUACUUGAUAGCCUUAGUUUUCAGUUAGUACCUCCAGGCAUUAGCAACAGACCUUCUGAUGGCACGACGACAACGACAGGGCCAAGUGGCUCCGAGAGGGAACGGACGGCGUGCCAUCAGGACACCUUCUUUUGUGUGCUCGCUGAAUUGGAAUCUUGUCUGGAGACAUCGACGAGUUUAGAGACGCUUCUUCUUUGGAUGGACUCGGUCAUAGAAAAAUAUGCCAGCGGGAUCUAUCGGCCGACCGCGAAACGCGUCAAAGGGGUGCUUCGUGCAUGCCCACAAAGUCAGCGAGAUGUGUGCUGCGGUUUUUUCAAAACCUGGCGAAGCUGCUCUCAAAAAAUAUUCAGAAAUCUUACCAUAAAAGGCACCACACACUACGCUUCUUUUCAGCUUCUCCGAGUUCUUUUCGACGACUACGUUCAGCUUUCGUUAGAGGGCGUUCUAGGGGACUGCCUUGUCCGAGAGAUGCAGGAGAAUAUCGCUAAUAAUCGAACUCUAGAAGUAGAACAUAUCCACGCACUCGAAAUGUUGAGUGCAACGUCGGCGUACCCACAAGCGCAACUCGAGGCAGCGUCCCCCAAGGUCCAGCUUACCAGUCCUGUAACAACACUCAACGUACAUCCUACUGCUGCUGAAGGUCACAUUGAACCGCCGAAGCCUGUGCAGCUCUGUGCUCUUCCCCCUCAGAUGCCGGCAGGGACCGCUCUAUUAGAAAAGACCAAGCAACUGCGUCGCGUUGGCGCCACGAGCAACGAUUCCUCACUCGAUUUACCUGAAGGGUAUCAAACGACUCAUACAGCACAAACUACUCCGCCGGUAGCGAUCUUCUACGAAACGACCAAUUGUUAUGCUGGAGUUACAUCUGUCAUACAACAAACAACCAAUAUUAUCACAACGACCGCGACGGCGGCUACUGGCAGUCUAUACGGAGCUGCCGAAGUGUUGGAAGCCGGGGGAGGCGAUUUCGGAUGCGCCGGAUCAACACAGGCGGGCGGUCAAUGUCUGAUCAUUUCCGGAGAAUCCUCGUCUCCUGGAGUUCAUCCUAGCACCGUUGAGUGGGCUUCGCCGCACCCACCUUCAGGGCCUCCUUCGCAUCCCCAUUACACCUCGGCCGCGCACCAUUAUAGACAAACGACAGCUCCUCCGGGAGGGGGCGGCCAGACUCAUAACUUGCACCAUUUCAACUAACAAGAACUGCAGAGUAAGGCAAAACCAGUACUAGGGCGUGACAUGGGGCAGUUUUGCAAACCCUCGGAAAAAAACAUGUGUUGGCGUACACCGAAAGAUGUACGCAGUUGAAAAAACCUGCUAACCACGGCGCAAUGGUUAUAUGUAUAAUCAUUACUAGUAUUAUUACAAUUGUGUGCAAUCCCUACAAAGCCGUGUUGAAACGUUUAUUGUACGAUGACCUCUAUAUUAAUCCGCUUUUUGUUAAAUCAAUUAUAAUUAUCGUUGCCAAUAUUCACUUAGUUGAAUUAGAUGGGUUGCUUGUAGAAACACUUCUUAGCGAUCGGUCGUUGAAGAAAAGGAUAAAUAAGUAUCCUGGUUAGGACGAAAAAAGCGUAAAUUUUUCUUCAAAAAGAUAGAUCUCAAACGGUUUUUCGGUAGUUUAACAAAGUUCAACUUAUUGUUAUUGAAAUCUGAGUAAUUUAUGAUCGAUACUCACC